AUGUUUGCCCUAGGACUCCGUGCACGGGAAAAGGAAAGGAAGAAGGAAGAGGAGAAGAAGAAACAGAAGAUGUACGAAUUCAUGCAAAAGGCCCUGGAAAUGGAGGAAAAAGAAGGUCCAAUUGGAGGAGUCCCUCAAAAAGAGACAGAACAACCUCUUCCACCAGCGAACAAGGAAGUGAAGGUUUUCCCUCACAUCGAAAGAAACAGGAUCGAGAUGUUGUCGUGGAUGCUGGCAAAGAAGGACGAAGAAGGGAAGUGGGAAGAAAAAUUCGGUAAAAAGUUCCCCUACCAGAUCCCCAAGACAUUACUUUGUCGACACCUGAAGGCGGUCGCGUAUCGACGGCAGAAGAAGGCCGGAAAGAAGUUGACCAUCUGCAUCCUGUUGACGGCUGCCUCCAUCAGCCUCGCAGGCACUGCCACCACACUCUUCGGCUUCCUCUAUCGAGCCGGCGUUAGCGCAGAAGGAUUCGGGGAACCAUCCGGGGUGAGACAGGAGACAGAUUUAGGAGUUAUCAUCGAUGAGGAGCUGAAACUCUUGGAGUACUAUUCAUACAGGCGACCCAGGUCUAAACAGACGUUCAGUCCAUGGAAGCUGGUGGGGCCCGUGAUCGUGGGUUGUGCCAUCGUCGUUGCACUCCUCUCCAUCGAAGUGUGCAUGGAUGUCUCGCGGAUCAAGGAGAAGACCAUCGACGACGAAGAGGAAUUUUUUCACUACAUCUACGCCGCCAUGCUCGCUCAUAACAGCUACGUUGACUCAGGGGACCCCGGGUGGGUGUCCCGCAGGGCGUCCAAGCUCGGUCCUUCCCUCGCCCCGAGCAUCGUCAAUCUCCGCCCUUCUCCUGCCCCCAGCAUCGUUAAUCUCCACGAGGUGAAGCCUGCCCCUGCGGAUCCAGAGCCGUCGUCGCCUCAAUUAGUACCACCGUCACCACUAGCGCCCUUCACCAUAUCGAGCCCAGAGAAUGACGUUUUGGUUUCCCCGUAUAGGUUACCCCAGGUCCAGAUCACGCCGGCUCCUUCCGAAUUGAGUAUCCGGGAUGAAGAAUAUGAGGAGAUCCUAUUAUCGAUGAUGGAGAAAAAGCUGAAAACUUGAACUUGGCUCUGAGAAAUGAAAAGUGUGAAAGCCAAGUUAAUUUGCACGCUGCUCCUGAAGAGAUACUGAUGCCACUAUCUACGCAGAUAAGGUGCAAAGGGGUUGAUUAUAAAUUGAUGCC